UGGCUCUUUUUUCUCUUUCUCUCCCCUUUGCCUUUUUUUCCACACUUUUACUUUCAUUUCCCAAAAACAAAUACUCUUAAUCCUUUUAGUUUCUUCUCUCUCUUGUCUUCCUUUUCCCCUAAUUUUUUUUUCCCUUUUCUUCUGCAGAACUUAGGGUUUUGAAAUGUGGAUUUACAAUGUCACAAUCUGAAGAAACUCCGAUCUCCGACACUACUCCCACAUAUUCCGCUCUUAAUGUGGGGUUUCACUCACCCGAUCCAGGUCCGAUUCUGGAUAUUGACGCCUCAUCGUCUGAUCUUAAUCACUGGGAAAACGAGCACAACGAGAGCAAUUUCCAACGGCAGCUCCAGGACCUCAAUUUGAAGGAGAAAGAAGAGGAAGAUGCAGAGGUAAAGGAGGAGGAGGAGGAGGUUGAGAACAAAGAUGACGGAGAGCGAGAAAGCGACGCCGAUGACAACUAUGCUGACGCCGAUGGUGGCGGAGACAACGAAGAUGAGGAAGAGAAAAACGAGGACGAGAGUGAUGAUGAAAACGUGAAACGGCAUGAAAGGAGUUCACAUUAUCCGGUGAGACCGGAAGCAGAGGAUUGUGCUUAUUAUAUGAAAACUGGGCUUUGCAAAUUUGGACCUAAUUGCAAGUUUAAUCAUCCUAUUCGAAGGAAAAACCAGGCUGUUAAGGAAAAAGUCAAGGAAAAGGAUGAAUUAACAAAGAAAUCAACCCAGACAGAAUGCAAGUACUACCUAAGAACUGGUGGAUGUAAGUUUGGGAAGGCUUGUAGAUAUAACCACUCAAGAGCAAAAUCUUUAGUGGUUCCAAUUUUAGAGCUUAACUUUCUGGGGCUGCCUAUCCGACAGGGAGAGAAAGAGUGCCCCUAUUACAUGCGUAACGGGUCCUGCAAGUAUGGAGCCAACUGCAGGUUUAAUCAUCCCGAUCCUACAGCUGCUGGAGCUUGUGACCCACCUUCAGCAUACAGUAAUGGUGGAUCUGUUUCACCGCAAGCUGCACCACAAGUGAAUAUGACAUCCUGGUCAUCACCAAGGACAUUGAAUGAGACUGCUGCAUAUAUGCCAAUUGUGUUUUCACCAACUCAAGGUGUUCCGCCUCCAAAUCCAGAGUGGAAUGGGUAUCAGACAACUGUAUAUCCCCCAUCAGAAAGGAGUUUGCAUCCAACUCCAGCAUUUGUCAUAAGCAACCCAUCCACUGACACCACCGUCUAUGCUCCUCUUCCACCACAAAUGGUGGUUGAUGAAUUCCCAUUUCGGCCUGGCCAACCUGAGUGCAGUUACUUCCUGAAAACUGGGGACUGUAAGUUUAAAUCUAAUUGCAAAUAUCAUCAUCCAAAAGAUCGAGUUCCAAAGCCGGCACCAUGUGCACUCAGCGACAAGGGCUUGCCACUGAGACCUGAUCAAAUUAUCUGCUCACACUAUAGUCGCUACGGCAUUUGCAAGUUCGGGCCAGCCUGUAAAUUUGACCAUUCGAUGCAGGCAGUUCCUUCAGAGGUGUCUGGACUCGAUCAGCCUCCACCAAUUAGCCAUUCUACAGCAACAGAACAAACUGUAAUUGCUGGAAGUAAUGGUACUGAUGCUGCAGUUCAGCAGCCUGUGUAAAAAAAGAUUUUUCAGCCAAGACUUCCUUCUUAGCUCUUAGAUCUCACAUUAGCAAGGGAUUCUAUUAAAAAAAAAAAAAAAACUGGAAGAGUCCAUUUUCCCCUUUUACAUUGCCACAAGCUUUUUAGGGGAUGGCACUAUAUAAUAAUAAUAUUAUUAUAUACUUGUGAUAUGUUAUGUUGGUAGUGGUACAAACUGAAAUUGAAAUCAGGAUAUGUAAAUUAUCUGAGUUUCAUGUCAUAUUUCGAAUCAGGAUAUGUUGU